AUGGCAGCUCCAAUCACUAGUCAGACGUCGCAACUUUCCCUUCCUGGCGCAAGUAGCGCUGCCCUCCGCACCAUCAACGCACGAUGGCACAUUACCGACGUCGCCGACAUCAUUCCCUACAAUCUCCACCCCCAAAACCGGCAUUCCUCUAGCACCUGGAGCGCUGCAUUCCAAAAAGAACUGGAGGCAGUUUCGCACGUUGUGCGCCACUCCGAGCUCACGUUAUUCCGAGAGAAAUGCCACUCCACUGUUGAAAAUCGAUGUUCUGUCAAACCCAAAUCCGGUCAGAAAGUAGCGAAGAGAGCGACGUAUUUAACUGUUGAUGAUUUGAAGAAUAUCAAGAGGGUUUUUGGCCAUGUGCGCGAUACGGAGAUGAGGAGGGAGAAUGAGCAGUUGAGGGCGGCGGAUGAGGCGCGGGUGCGGGCGAGAGAGAGGGAUAUUAGGGAGGAUAUGGAUGCGGCGAGGGUGAGAGAUCCGUUGAAGGUUGUACGGGCUUGA